AUGUCGACUUUGACACCUCCCGAAGACCAACUUAUUAGAACCCGCAGCAAAUCCAUCACACUUGACCAGCCUCAAACUGCUACACCUCAUCUAAGUGAAACUGGAAAAAACACCUUGCAAGUCUCAUCGCCUCUAAGAUCCAAAUCGAUGCUCGUUCUUUCAACUCCACAACAAGAAACCACAGCAGAAAAUAACACAACUAAUCCUCGCUCACUUGUCGUUAUACAGUUGAAGAACAAACAUGGAGAUAACGUCAGACGCAUAGACUCUCAAGAAUCGCUGAACAGGCCUGGAUCGAUAAUUGUCAGGGACUUUGGCUCGCAGGAAUCGUUUGAUGAUCUUAGGAAGGCAACAAAUAGAAUCACAAAGAGAAAGGUUCGUUUCGCAGAUAAUCUUCCUUUCGAUGGCUCUAGGAAUGGAGAGGAGAAUAUGUUUGAUUGUGAGAUAAAUUUGUGGGUUAUUUGA